ACUUGACAGCAUCCCUCUUCCCACAAUGCUCUGCGGGCAUCCCCACCAAGAUGGCCGACGUCAUGGAGGAGUAUGAGAAAGAAGCUGGCUGCGUCCCUAUUCUCCAUCCAGAGGAAAUUAAGCCUCAAAGCCACUUCAACCACGGUUACAGCGAACCUGUCAGCCGGAAGAACCACGUAGACGACUACAGCACAUGGGACAUCGUUAAAGCCACACAGUAUGGCAUCUUUGAGAGAUGCAGAGAACUGGUGGAGGCCGGAUUCGACGUCCGGCAGCCAGACAAAGAAAAUGUGACGCUCCUCCAUUGGGCUGCCAUCAAUAACAGGGUAGAUCUAGUCAAGUACUAUAUAUCAAAGGGCGCCAUAGUGGAUCAGCUUGGAGGAGACCUCAACUCCACACCACUACACUGGGCUACCAGACAAGGCCACCUCUCCAUGGUGGUGCAGCUCAUGAAAUACGGCGCCGACCCAUCACUGAUCGACGGCGAGGGAUGCAGCUGCGUCCACUUGGCCGCCCAGUUCGGCCACACCUCCAUUGUCGCCUACCUAAUCGCCAAAGGACAGGAUGUGGAUAUGAUGGACCAGAAUGGCAUGACUCCCCUCAUGUGGGCAGCAUACAGGACGCACAGUGUGGACCCCACGCGAUUGCUGCUCACCUUCAACGUGUCCGUAAACCUCGGCGACAAGUAUCACAAGAACACGGCGCUGCACUGGGCCGUGCUGGCCGGCAACACCACCGUCAUCAGCCUGCUGCUGGACGCCAACGCUAAUGUCGACGCGCAAAACAUCAAGGGCGAAACGCCGCUUGAUCUCGCCAAGCAACGGAAGAACGUGUGGAUGAUCAAUCACUUACAGGAAGCGCGACAGGCCAAGGGAUAUGACAGCCCGUCUUAUUUGAAGAGACUUAAGAUGGACAAGGAGGUAAGACAAAAGGUGAUGCUGGGAACGCCAUUCCUCGUCAUUUGGCUGGUGGGCUUCAUCGCCGACCUGGACAUUGAUUCCUGGCUCAUAAAGGGUCUCAUGUACGUGGGCGUCUGGGUGGCCGUGCAGUUCCUCUCCAAGGCUUUUUUUGACCACUCGAUGCACAGUGCACUCCCUUUGGGAAUCUACCUGGCAACCAAGUUUUGGAUGUACACCACUUGGUUCUACUGGUUCUGGAAUGAUCUACCCUUCGCCACGGUCCACCUGCCGUUCCUCAUAAAUACGCUGGCUCUGUUCUACAACUUUGGCAAAUCCUGGAAAUCGGACCCGGGGAUAAUCAAAGCCUCAGAGGAGCAGAAGAAAAAGACUAUUGUGGAGCUGGCAGAAACGGGCAGUCUCGACCUAAGCAUCUUUUGUAGCACUUGCUUGAUAAGGAAGCCUAUCCGGUCCAAACACUGCGCUGUGUGCAAUCGCUGCAUCGCCAAGUUUGACCACCACUGCCCCUGGGUGGGCAACUGCGUGGGAAGUGGGAACCACCGCUACUUCAUGGGUUACCUGUUCUUCUUGCUGUGCAUGAUCUGCUGGAUGAUGUACGGCUGCAUUUCCUACUGGAGAAUUCACUGCGCCACCACUUACGCCAAGGACGGCUUCUGGCUCUACCUGACCCAGAUCGCCGCGUGCUCGCCGUGGAUGUUCUGGAUGUUCCUCAACAGCGUCUUCCACUUCAUGUGGGUGGCCGUGCUCAUCAUGUGUCAACUCUAUCAGAUCGCCGCUCUCGGAAUCACCACCAAUGAGAGGAUGAACGCUCGGAGGUACAAGCACUUUAAAGUGACAGCCACGUCCAUCGAAAGCCCCUUCAACCACGGUUGCGUCCGAAACCUCAUCGACUUCUUCGAGGUGCGCUGCUGCGGCCUUAUCCGGCCCGUGGCGGUCGACUGGACCACGCAGUACACAAUAGACUACGACCAGACGUCGGGCUCCGGCUACCAGCUCGUGUAAGAGAGUGGAUCUUGGGGGGUGUCCUCUGUUGUUCGGACCGUCACGCAAAAAAACACGAGGAUUAGCAUGCUAAGGGGCAAUACCCCCCUCCCCCUUUGUCGCCACUAUUUGAGGGAGAUGGACAACAAAAGUCAUAAAAUGAAAGCACCUCUGGUACGAGUAGAGAUGCAGUUGCAGUAUCCCCUCUUCACUUUAUUUAAGUGUUUAUUUACAGGUAAGGGAAUGUCUUUUUAUCAAGAGCUCUGGACCGGCAAAUAUCCUUACGUAAAAUCAAAUGUGACACAGGUCUAUUUAUUUUAAAUUAUCGAUGAACUGCUACAUCAUUUUUUUUUAGCGGAGUAGUUUUUUUUUUUUAAGUGUAUACCUGUAGCUGUCAGUUGUUAUAUUUAUUAUGGAUUAUAGGACAGGAAGGUUCAUUCCAUGUGUUUGUAUCAAAAAGCUAUCAAGUCUUAUGUACGUUUUUUUUUUUGUCUGCCUACAAACUUGCACUGAUUUUUUUUUUCUGGCUGUUAUUGAACAAAAAGGGCCCAGCAGCACCUUUUCCCUCCCAUUGUUUACUUUUAUGUGAGGCGGCGAGUGUAAAGAACGUGUACAUAAAUAACCUGGAACUUUUUUUUGUUUGUCAGUGUACUUUUUAAUUCAAAUUGAGGGGGACGAAAGGACAUGAAGUGACUGUAGCGUUUAGUGAUGUCCAACACUGGUGUCCCACACUUGCAUGUAUGAUGCCCUCCUAGGCCCACUGUAUAUACUCAAUGUUAUAUAUUGGCAAGUGCAUUCUGUUACAUUUAUUUUCAUAACCUUUAAAUCCAGUGUCACGUGAACCCUUCAACUGUGUAUUAUAUUCCAUGCUUGUGGACUGUAUUCAUCCGUUUUCUUUUGUAUUAUUUUUAAUGUCACAUAUGGCCGGGUUUGUUAUACCACUGGAUGUACAAAUUGUAAAGCAAAUACACUAGAUGAUUUUUUUUUUUCUUUUUUAAAAGCAGAAAUAUGAUCAUGCAAAGGGCACCGCCCAUCAAUACACAAAAUACAGCCCCCGUUUCCACGAGUUCUUCCAACAAAAAAGUCGGUUGUGGUCUGGGAAUACAGAAUAUACAAAUGCAUACACAGGUUAACAAGACUAUGAUUUCCAGUGCCUCUUUCUCUGCCCACAUCACUUUAACUUGCUUCAGAUGUAGAACUUACGGGCAUGGUUCAGUUUUAAUGGCUUUAAUAAUAAAAUACAGUCAGAUGUGAACUUUUAUUUUGGGGGAUGAAGUGUUUUAUUUGAGAAGGAUUAAAAGCAAACAAGUUGAGGCGACGGCGUUGUCAGUCGGCGUGGACCAGAGCGCCUGCUCCUUGACCAAAACCGAAUCCUUUCGGGCCAAAGUUCUUGGCAUAGCAAGCUGUACAGACAAAGAGCACAUUUAGUUGGGUUCUAAAAUGGCAUUUUUCAGUUUCAAGCUACUGGAGUCUUUGCUUCCCUCGUGAUGCACAGCAACCACUGUCAUUUAGAGUAUGUGUGAGAUUCCAAUGUGUGUGUGUCCUUUUUUGGCCUGGUUUUCUUAUCUCACUUUGGCGUCAGUGUGAAAUUGGAACUGCUUGCAAACACGUCAGAAACAAGCAAACGGUCGUAAACAGUUUGCUGUCCCCGGUACAGUUAAUGAAAUUGAGUUUUGUUAACAUGGAGAUAUUUAGACAACCAAAAUGGAAAGACAUUUGACUUGAAAUCACUUACAGUGGGGAGAACAAGUAUUUGAUACA